GAGUGGCUGAAACUUUUAACCUACAUUAAUCUCUCCUUCCCCCCCCCUCUGGCUGCAGAGCGCUUGCAGCUGGGGGAGAUGCAAAACUUCAUAUUUUUGGGGUUGCUUUGCAGGAUUUGCACUGGCUGCAAAGAGAGCUGAUUAGCUGCCUGAUUAUUGAAGUCAGGUGAGAGAAGAUUGGCCUUCAGGAGCUGGAAUAAAAAGGAUGCUGGGCAGAUGCUGGUCUCUUCUUCUCCGGCUUCCUAGAACAGACAGGAUGGGACCGUUACAGAAUUUGGCCAUUGUUUUAGCUUGUUGGGUAAUUGGGGAAGUGGCUUCUUUGGAUCCCUGGGAUUAUGUCUGGAGGUAUUAUAACACUCCUGCCCCUGCGAGGCAGCCUUAUAUGCCUUCUGGGGUUGAGACUUACCCUUAUGCUUGGGUAGAUGCUUCUCAGGCCCGAGCUUUGUCCCUCCUGUCACCUGUGCUGGUCCAGUGUGGAGAGGCCCAGGUGAUGGUGACUGUGAAGAGAGACCUGUUUGGCACCGGGAGACUCGUCCAGGUAGACGACCUGAGUUUGGGUCCAUCUGGCUGCCAACCCACGGCCUACAAUGCUGCCGAGAACACGGUGAUCUUCAAUGUAGGUCUUCAUGAGUGCGGGAGUGUCUUGCAGAUGACUGCUGAGUUUCUGGUCUACAGCAUCAGUCUCCAUUAUAAACCCACCCCUUCUUCCCACAGUGUCAUUGUAAGAACCAGCCCAGUUGACGUCCCCAUUGAGUGUCACUACCCAAGGAGAAACAACGUAAGCAGUAGUGCAAUCAAGCCAACGUGGAUUCCAUUCACAUCAACGAUUUCUGCAGAAGAAAAACUACGUUUCUCCUUGCGUUUGAUGAAUGAUGGCUGGAACGCAGAGAGAACCUCCAACGGCUAUCAGUUGGGAGAAAUCAUGUAUAUUCAGGCUGAAGUAAUAGCAGAAAACCACACGCCACUCCGGCUCUUUGUUGAUAGCUGUGUGGCCACGCUGAGCCCAGAGGCAGAUUCCAGUCCCCGCUAUCCCAUCAUCAAUUUCAAGGGUUGCCUGGUAGAUGGAAGAUUUGAUUCCAGCUCAACCUUCUUAUCACCAAGGCUCAGGGAUGACAUUCUUCAGUUCACAGUAGACGUCUUCCGGUUUAGCGAAGACCCCCGAGAUCUGAUCUACAUCACCUGUCAUUUGAAAGUCUCUGCAGCUACUCAAGCCCCCGAUCCUGAGAACAAAGCUUGUUCCUUCCAUCAGGCUAGUAACAGCUGGGUUCCAGUUGAAGGAACCGCAGAUAUUUGCUCUUGUUGUGAAACCCAGAAUUGUGUUCGAACUACUGGUCAAGGCAGCUGGGACAGAUGGGGAAGAAGAUUGGGCAGAGAUGUGGCUGCUAAAUUGGAUAAAUCAAAGGAGGCAGAUGCUGACGUGAUGCUCGGUCCCAUCCUCAUUCUUGACUCGUACAUGACUUCCAGAACUCCUCCUGACAAUCAAAAUAAGAAUUUGGUCCUCUCAGCAGAACAUGGAUUUUUCCAAAUUCCUUGGAUGCUGGUGGGGAUCAUCCUGAUAGCCCUUACUACAAGCUUGGCCUUGACCACUCUAGGAAUCUUUUGUACUAGAAAAAGACGUUCUAAUUCUUCUUAAGAUGUUGUGCAAUGUGGAAGGAUGUUAAAAUAAACAAAUCAAGACGUAAAAAA